UGUAACAGUGAACUUCCUCCCACUCAGCCCGACUCGAACAAACCGACACAGAAGACGUCGAUAAGUUUUAAAUGUUGCCGCCACCGCGCACGUUUUGAGGUCAGCUCGUGUUUAUUUUCGGUGGUAAAAUCUGCGGCAUGCGUGGAGCGCGGUCCCGGGAGUGAAGCAGAGCCGAAACGCGUGGACCGUGACGGGUGAGGCCUCCGCAGAAAGUUUGGUGUCGGGCCUGUAAACAACAUGUCGUCCGCCUCGCAGCCCUCCUCCAGACGGCAGUGGUGUUACCUCUGCGACCUGCCCAAGAUGCCCUGGGCCAUGCUGUGGGAGUUCAGCGAGGCCGUGUGCCGCGGCUGCGUCAACUACGACGGCGCGGACCGCAUCGAGCUGCUCAUCGAGACCGCCCGGCAGCUGAAGAGCACGCACGGGGUGCUGGACGGCCGGUCCCCCGGUCCCCAGCAGGGCAAGCCGGGCUCGGCCGGGCCGCUGGAGGCGGCGCGGCAGCACGGGGAGCGGGCGGACCGGGGCAGGGGGGACUACGGGGUGUCCGCUCGCCUCCCCAACGGCCUCCACAGAGCUGAGGACGUGGCCCUGUCGGAGGGCAGCCGGCAGAGCCCCAACACCCGGCGGGCCGUGGCAGGGGCGGUCCCCGGGCUGCACGGGGCCAUUCCCCACGCCCUGAUCGCCCAGGGGCUGGUGGCCGCUCCGCACGGGCUCCUGGCCCCCCUGUCGGGCUCCAGAGCGGGGGCAACCCCCAUCGCGGUGUCGGCGGGCCCCAUCAUGAGCGAGGCGGGCCGGAGGCAGGCGGUGUCCAUGGGGGCCAGCACCUCGGCCCUGGUGGGCAUCGACCCCGCCGUGUGGAGGAACAACGAGGUGAUGGCGGAACUGAACGAGGUGGCGCGCAGCCGGGUGGAGGGCUGGCCCAGCCGGCCCAAAGCGGUGCGGGACGUGCUCCUGGCCCUCAGCGGCUGCGUCCCCUUCAACGUGCGCUUCAGGAAAGACCACAGCCUGAUGGGCCGCGUCCUGGCCUUCGACGCCAGCGCCACCCCAGACUUCGAACUGAAGGUGUUCGUGGAGUACCCCGCCGGCUCCGGGAUGAUCUUCUCGGGGGUCCCGGACCUGGUCAGACAGAUGUUCCGGGACUCUGCCAAGGAUGCGGGCAAAGCGGUGAACUCUGGGCUGCGCUAUGUGGAAUACGAGAAGAGGCAGGGCACGGGCGACUGGCGCGGCCUGUCGGAGCUGCUCAACGAGGGCGUGAGGAUGUUCAAAGAGCCCCCCAUCCCCGAGGUCCUGCCGCAGCCCGACGCCGUGUUGCCCCUGGCGGCGGCCGGCCGCCCCGGACCCACGAAGGGCGGCGCCCGACGCCGCAAGGCCUCUCCGGGCUCCGAGAACGGCGAGAGCGAAGGGAGGCCCGACCACCCGGGCAGGGAGCCGUGGCCCCGGGGCGCCUACCCCGGCAUGGAGCCCCUCCCCGGCAUGGCCGUCCCCCAGGAGGGCCCGCCCCGCCUCCACAGCCAGCCCUCCCCCAUCUCGGCCCUCAUGGGGGUGGCGGACAGCCUGAGCUCCAGCCAGAUGUCCAGAGACAGCCCCAGCAUGUCGGCCGCCCACGCCGCCUCCUCCUCGGCCGGGCGGCCCACCAGCAGCAGCCCCUCCACCGCCUCCACCUCGGUCUCGCAGGCGGCCGGGGGGCAGAACCUGAGCGCGGGGGGGCCGAGCAGCAGCGGCGGCGGCGGGGAGUCGUCGAGCGGCGCCCAGGGCACCCUGCUGUGCUGCACCCUGUGCCGAGAGCGGCUGGAGGACACGCACUUCGUCCAGUGUCCGUCCGUCCCCCACCACAAGUUCUGCUUCCCCUGCACCCGCGGCUUCAUCCGCAGCCAGGGCCAGGGCGGCGAGGUGUACUGCCCCAGCGGCGAGCGCUGCCCGCUGGCCGGAUCCACCGUGCCUUGGGCCUUCAUGCAGGGAGAGAUCUCCACCAUCCUGGCCGGAGACGGAGACGUGACGGUAAAGAAGGAGAGCGACCCUUGACGUCUUGGAUCCCCGCGGUGAAUGAAAGCACUUCCUGUUACCUGAAGGUCCGCCGGGGCUGCAGUCCAUCCGCCUGCCUCUGGUGACGGACCGCCAACUCCAGACCCACCCACACCGCUCUGUGGAGGAGGGACACUUCUGUGUGUGUGUGUGUGUGUGUGCGUGCACGCUCUCAGUCCCCACCACACACACCUCCUCUGUCCCAGAUCGAAAGCACACACUUUGUUUUUGAAGAACGACAAUCUGAUUUGUUCCGUGUUUCUUUUGUUUUUGUCGGACGUGUCACUUCCUGUCUCCGACAGGAAACAAACAACUCUGAAUGUUGAGUCCAUCAGGUCCUCACAGCCAAGGAGUGAAACAUGUAACCCCCCCCCAACCCCUCCACAGUACGUCUUUUAGCUCUUCUCCUAUUGUAUGUCAAAAAUGUGAAUUUACUUUCAAUAUGGCUAUGUAAUUUCUAUUUUUGAUACAAUACAAAUUUCUAUGUAUUUGUUUAUAGUGAUACGAAGACCAAAGAUGGCUUCAUGCUUGAUGUAAUUUGACUGUAUUGUAGCUGUGUAUGCUGUAUUCACUGAUAACCUUGGCGUCAGUCACUAAUUAGUCCAUCUAUCACAGAAGUACGCUUCUUUUGUCUAUUUACUUUUU